GGACAACGGGGUCAAAUAGUGCCAAUGCAUCGAAUAUGAUAGCAUGUACACAGUAUAUGUAUACAUACAUUAUAUAUACACACACACACUGCCCAUAUUAUAAACCACAUUGACCAACGCGCACUGGUCAAGGAGUUGUACCGCUCUUUUUAUUUAAUUCGUCCUCUUGUGCUCUUGAGAGGUCAUGCACUUGCCCGGGCAUCAGGAGAGGUCGAGGGGGGGGGGAGAAGUCCAUUUCAUAUGACGCACGUGCAACAUCAAGAGGGGAUCAUGCAUGGGCUUGCCAUGUCAAUGAGCUGACUUUUUUUUUUUUUUUUCUCUUUUUUGUUUUUGUUCGGAUAGUUUAAAAGCACAUAGCUUGUUUUCUUUCUUUUGUUUAUAUCUUUGCAGCUUCCUUUUCUUUAUCUCCCAACUCUCUCUCUCACACUCACACUCACUUAACACUCACUCAACCACUUUUUUCCCUUUCCUCUCAUUUAAACCCGCUCAAUGGCACCCGACCUCCAGUUCGAUCAAGGCAUAAUGAAGCUGUCCAGCUUCGACCCACAGUCCAAGCGGAUGGAAACCCGCGUUCUCUGUCUUCCCGACCUACCCCGCCUCGAGUCACUUGAACACCUUUUCACUGCUGCGGCUGCAGUUUCUGCUGGUACUACCACCACCAGCAACUCGUCCAACAGAAGCAGAUAUGCCCAAGUCUUUGCAGAACCUACUGCCUCAACAUCGUUACGCUUGACAAAAUCAUUUACGGGCAGCAGUAAAAAGUCAUCAUCAUCUAUGCGUGGUAUUCCUCGUCGCUGCUUCUCCAAUCCAUCAUUGUCGUCGCGCAAGAACAAAGAGUCUGGCAGCAGCGGCAGUAGCAACAGCAACAGCAACAACAAGAGCCACAUUGUACCCGGCACAGAUAGGAUGAUGAUGAUGGCAGGCGAGUCUUGGAAGUCGACAGGAUGCCGCCGCUCUUCAUCACGACGCAGUCUAUCGCACGCUAUUCACGCUUUCACGGGAUUGCUACAAAAAGCAAAGAGAUCGUCGACGCUUCGCAACAAACAGCAGUGGCACAACGAAACGUGGUUCGUCGAGAUGCGCAUGUCGACCGAGGAGCUCGAGCGGCCUUCAAAGAAGAAACGGGUCGGAACGCAUACCGAGAACUGGUGGGCUUCUUCUCCGCCGAUUUGUGCGUGUUAAUUUUUUUUAGCUCUACUGCUUUCAUUAUUCUUUCAUACAUACCCGUCCUUUUGAGACAAUCUUAUAGCACACCCCCCCACCCCUUCAUCCACACCCCAUUCAUUUCAUAUCAAAAAUGCUUUUUAUCGACCCCGGAGGUCCCAUUCCUUUCUCUUUCAAUUGCACAGCACAACACACCCACACCCACCCCCACCCCUUCCAG